UUUACAGUUUUUUCAGAUCGAGCUGGAGGUGAUCCACUCCCGCUGGGCCAUGCUGGGCGCGCUCGGCUGCGUCUUCCCCGAGCUGCUCGCCCGCAACGGCGUCAAGUUCGGCGAGGCCGUCUGGUUCAAGGCCGGCUCCCAGAUCUUCAGCGAGGGCGGCCUGGACUACCUGGGCAACCCCAGCCUGAUCCACGCGCAGAGCAUCCUCGCCAUCUGGGCCGUCCAGGUCGUGCUCAUGGGCGCCGUCGAGGGCUACCGCGUUGCCGGCGGGCCGCUCGGCGAGGUCGUCGACCCGCUCUACCCAGGCGGCAGCUUCGACCCCCUCGGCCUGGCCGACGACCCCGAGGCCUUCGCCGAGCUCAAGGUGAAGGAGCUCAAGAACGGCCGCCUCGCCAUGUUCUCCAUGUUCGGCUUCUUCGUCCAGGCCAUCGUCACCGGCAAGGGCCCGCUCGAGAACCUCGCUGACCACCUGGCUGACCCAGUCAACAACAACGCCUGGGCCUACGCCACCAACUUCGUCCCCGGCAACUAAGCUCAUCAGCUGCUCAGUUGGUUAUGCAACUCCAUUGUCUUUUCGGAGAGGGCGUACGUGGAUUGAUUGAUGCUGCAAGUUAGCUGCAUGUGUGUCUCUUGUUUCACGUUGCAUUUCAGGGGGCAAGUCGAGAUGAUGAUGAGUUGGCGUUGUACACUAAGACGAACGAUGCUUGUGCAAUAGUAGUUGUGGUUUUGUUUCCCGGUGGUUAAUUAUUGAUUUGUCAGAUUAAGGUCAUCCAUUAA